AUGGGAAACGAAGAUGAAUUUUACGUCCGCUAUUAUACUGGACACAUGGGGCGUUAUGGACACGAGUUUCUUGAGUUCGAGUUUCGUUCUGACGGAAGGUGUCGUUAUGCCAACAAUUCAAAUUAUCGUAAUGACAGUUUAAUUCGAAAAGAAAUGUAUGUAGGCCCUCUGAUGAUGAAGGAAUUGAAACGAAUCAUUCAGGAAAGUGAAAUCAUGAAAGAAGACGAUCAACGGUGGCCAAAAAGGAAUGUUGUUGGUCGUCAAGAACUCGAGAUUCGAUUGGGUAACGAACACAUAUCAUUUGAGACUGCAAAGAUUGGUUCGCUCGUAGAUGUGCAAGAAAGUGACGAUCCCGAAGGUUUACGUGUCUUUUAUUACUUGGUUCAAGAUCUUAAAUGUUUGGUCUUUUCGCUGAUCAAUCUGCAUUUUAAGAUCAAACCUAUCUAA